UAACUUCUUAGGAAUGGACGUGAAUAAGAUCUUUUACCUAUGUUUUUUGAACUUGUGGCAAUGCCCGAAUCUCUUUGUUGAGUUGUAUAAUUUCUUAGACAUAUAUAGCAGAGUUUGUCACAAAAUUAUAAUCAAGAAAAAUAUACGAGAAUGAGUCCUACGAAUAUGCAGGUUAUUUUAUCUAUUUGUGCAUCAAGUUCGAAGAAGAACUGAUAGUAGUUCUAUUAACACUUCAGCAUAUUCAAUCGGAAGAGUUUAGGUAAUAUUUUCUAAGCGAUAUCUAUGGGAGAAUCCAGGUGUGUAUGUUAAAAGAUGUUUAUUUUCUGUAGUGUAGAAAAGAGAUUUUUGGCAAUAUUAAGAAUUUGAAAGCCCAUUAAUAUGGUUCUAACCAUGUUCAUCUUAUGUAGUGAACAGGUGCAUCAAAAUCAUAGGUGAACAGGAUCUACAAACAAAAUAUUUUAAUCAUAAAACAUUUCAUGUGGGACACAAAGAAACAGCAAAAUUUUACAAAUGCAGAAAACUGAGGGAAUUUUAAUCACGAACCAUGGGAAGAUUGAUUGAAUUAUUGAACUUGUGUUAUGACUAUGAACCCUGGUGAAUGUCAUGAAGCCCCAACUUGAGAAUUUACUAAGAAAAUGGAAUUUCCUUGAUCUUGGAAAUGAAGUCUUGAACCCUUCGUUCUAAUUUUCAAUAAAAGAAUGUGAUUGUUCUGGCUUUGGUUUUGAUAUGAUGACUUGGAUCCUUUCACUUCUAGUUAUAUCCAACAACAAGAACACUUCAAAGUUAAAUCCGUAAUUUCCAUAAUGCUAUGAAACCCUUGACUAUGAUCUAUGGCAUAAAGUAUCUACCUUACAUGACUCAUCAAUGGUGUUAAACGAAUGAUAAAAUUCACGAUUUAUGAACCUAAGUUGGUUAAUUCUCAGACAUGAGCUCUAAAAUGGCUAAAACCAUGUUUAUGAACACAAGCCUAAUAUGGCUAAUCUACGAACAUGAAUCAAUAAAGAUGAAUGUGUAACUUUACCUAUGAGCCAUGAACUUGUGAUAUUGCCAGAAUAUCUUUGUUGAGGUGGUAUAGUUUCUUAGACGUCUGUUUCUGAGUUUGUUACAAAAUUAUAAUCAAGAAAAACAUAUGAGAUUGAGUUCCACGAAUAUGUGGCUAUUUGUGAUGAGGAACUGAUAGUAGCUCUAUGUACGCUUUAUCAUAUUCGAUCGGAAGAGUUUAGGUAAUAUUUUCUAAGUGAUCUCUAUGGGAGAAUCCAGGACUAUAUGUUAAAGACGUUUACUUUCUGUAGUAUAGAAAAUAGAUUUUUGGGAAUAUUAAGAAGUUGGAUGCACAUUAAUACGGUUUUAACCAUUUCCAUCUUAUGUAGUUGUAGAGAACAAAAGAAAUGUUAUCUAUAACCUUUCUGUGGAGAUGGUACAUCAAAAUCAUAUAGUCAUUUGAGAGUUUUAGAAAAAGGUCAACAGGAUAUAAAAACAAAAUAUUUGAAUCAUAUAAUAAUAUCUCAUGUGGGACAUAAAGAAACAGCAAAAUUAAACAUAAGUAAACAAUGGAGGUAGGUGAACUGCCAUGCAAGAUUCCAAGAACUCUGGUCACAACACUUAGUGCAGCACAAAGUUUUCUUGCCAUACCAGCAAUGUUUUUGUCCUAUUAAAAGGUGGUAGGUACAUAACCAAGAUUUAAUAAUUCAAGAAUACUAGUCACAGUCUAAAAGAUUUAAUAACUCAAAAGCAAUAGUAAGUUGGAUUGAAUUUGCUGUAAGUUGGACAAAGAAACUCAAUCAGGAGACAUGGAGGACUUGACAGGAGUACGAAAUCCCGAUCUUUCCACAUCCAUGUGUAGCAAUAAGUUGAAACAAGAUCAUGACGUAGUUUUAGUCAUGGUUCCAUUUCCAGCUCAAGGCCAUCUCAAUCAGCUUCUUCACCUUGCCUGUUUCAUCUCCUCAUCAUAUGAUCUUCCAGUCUAUUAUGUUGGCACAGCUACUCAUAACCGUCAAGCUCGGGUUCGAGCCAAUGCCUUAAGUCCUUCAGAUAUAGCCAAAAUCCACUUCCAUGACAUUCCAACUCCUGAAUUUGCCUCACCUCCACCUGACUCUAAUGCCUCGAGCAAAUUCCCGAGACAUCUUCUGCCAUUAUGGGAUGCAUCUAUGCUUCUGCGCGAGCCCAUUGCCUCCUUCUUAUGCGAUUUCUCCUCGAAAGCAAGACGAAUCGUUGUUGUACAUGAUCCUUCUAUGUCAUAUAUUGUUCAGGAUGCUUCUUCCUUUCCCAAUGCUGAAUCCUAUUUGUUCAAUUGCAUUUCAGCCUUCUAUUUGUACUGUUUUUCAUGUUCAUUUAGUGGAAUGUCAUUCCAACUUGGAGAAGAAUUGCUUAAAAAGCUACCCUCCUUUGAAGGAACGAUGCCAGAUGAGCUCAUGAACUUUAUAGCUCUUCAGGGUCCAUAUUUGGAUCUUACAUCAGGUGAUAUCCAUAAUACAAGCAAAGUAAUUGAAGGGCAGUUUCUUGAUUUGCUGGCACAAGUAAAAGGUAAACAACAAUGGGCAAUUGGACCAAUUCUGCCUACUAAAUUUGAUUGUAUCUCGAACAGGACUGAUAUAUGUUUGGAGUGGCUUAACAAACAACCUUCAAGAUCAGUUCUUUAUGUAUCUUUUGGAACAACAACAACAUUUUCUGAUAGAGAAGUCAUGGAGCUCGCGAUGGGAUUAGAACUAAACAAACAGAAGUUCAUAUGGGUGUUAAGAGAAGCCGAUAGAGGAGACAUCUUUACCGGGGAAGCUAGAAGAGUUGAGCUUCCAGAAGGGUUUGAGGAAAGGGUAAAAGAAGUAGGCUUAGUGGUAAGAGAAUGGGCACCACAACCCGAGAUCUUGGCUCAUUCCUCCACAGGUGGGUUCAUGAGUCAUUGUGGCUGGAAUUCCUGCGUAGAAAGUAUUACGAUGGGGGUACCAAUAGCUGCUUGGCCUAUGCAUGGUGACCAGCCAAACAAUGGUUUCUUGGUAACGGAAAUAUUGAAAAUAGGCCUGACUGUGAGGGAGUGGGAGAAACGCGAAGAGAUAGUAAGUGCAUCCACUAUCGAGAAUGUCGUGAGGAAGUUGAUGACAUCAGAAGAAGGUGAUGCAAUUAGGAAAAGAGCACAAGAAUUGGGAGUAGCCGUUAAGCGUUCCGUAGAGAAAGGGGGUGCUUCUCGUAUAGAGUUGGAUUCUUUUAUCGCGCAUAUCACAAGAUAGAUUUGCUUUUCACCAGAACUUCCAAGUAUUUUGGUUACUUCUCAUUUUUAUCUAAGUUAAUCGGUCACUUAUCUGUUUCUUGGCCCUUCCCCCGAGAGCUUUAGUGCCUCGGGCUGCCCGUAGUGUUUAGUAUUUGAAACUCUUUAUGGCUAUCAAGAAGUACUGCUUUGUAUUUCUCUCUUAAUGUUCUUGUAUACAUUUCUCAGUUAUCUGCAUAUGCUAAAUUGUUCUA